UUUCUUUCUUCUUCCCUUCAUUUUCCCCCAUUCAUAAAAACAACACUCUUUCUUUCAAUUUCAAUUUUGGUUUUUUCCUCCAUUGAACUCAGAGAGAGAAUCACAGGUUUUGUUUUCCACCAUUUGGGUUUUCAUGGCUAAUUGUUCACCACUGCAAUUGUUCCCUUUAUCAUCCUUGUUCAACUCUCCCAGUUUUUCUCUCCAUUCCAAUUCCCUCCACCUCAUAAUUUUCCAUCCUCAGAUUCCCACUCAAUAACACUUUCUCACGCACCAAACAAUAACAACAACAGGAGGAGCCAUUGCCCAUAAUGGGAAAGCGUAACUCUCAACGUAAAAAUGCUGCAAUGUUGGAUAGUGAUGAUGAUAUCAGUGUGAGUUCUUCACCAACUUCUCGAACCGGUCGCGUGUCGGUGUCUGGGACUCAAGAAGUGCACUUUGAUCAAGAUUAUCUGCUUGACCAAGCUCUUGAUGCUUUAGAUGAGAAAAGGGGUUCUACGAGGGAGAAAGCUUUUUCAUUGAUCAUUGGGGCUUUCAAGAGCAAUAUGCAGCAUCAAUUUGUUGACAAAAAAUUUGCCACCUUAUUACAUCAGUGUCUUGCUUCAAUAAAAAGAGGUUCCAAACAGGCAUCUGCAAAGGAGGUAGCUUUGGCAUCUCAUGUCAUCGGUUUGUUGGCCCUCACUGUUGAAUGUGGUGAUAAUGCACGUGAAAUAUUUGAGGAAUCAAUUCGUCCUCUAGAUGAAUUUCUCACAUCUAAAUCAGAUUCGAUAAAGGUUCCAUCAUUGCUGGAGUGCUUGGCUAUAAUCACUUUUGUUGGUGGGAACAAUCAAGAAGAAACAGAGAGAUCGAUGGACAUAAUGUGGCGAGUUAUUCAUCCCAAAUUAGGUUCCAAUGUAGUUACAGUCAAACCUUCAGCUCCAUUAAUAACGACUGUGGUAUCUGCUUGGUCCUUUCUCCUCUCUACCAUGAGCGAGUUGAAGUUAAAUUCUAAAAAUUGGCAAAAUUCAAUAUCUUAUUUAUCUAGCCUUCUAGACAAGGAAGAUCGGCCUGUACGUAUUGCUGCUGGCAAAGCGCUAGCUCUAAUAUUUGAGAUUGGAGUUAUGGAGAAACUUUCUGCUAAUUCUAUAAGCGCAAUGACUCGGGAAGAGAGUAAACCACAGGAAAGUUACAUUCACUUACAAGGAUUAAAAGGAAAGGUGAUAACUCAAGUAAAAAACCUGUCUGUUGAGGCUGGUGGAAAAGGUUCUGCAAAGAAAGAUCUUAAUCAUCAGAGGAGCGUGUUCCGAGAUAUCGUGGAGUUUUUUGAGUAUGGUUACACUCCUGAAAUUUCUAUGAAGAUUGGCGGUGAUUCACUGCAAACAUCUUCAUGGUCCCAAGUGAUACAGUUAAACUUUAUCAGGCACUUUCUAGGGGGUGGUUUCAUCAAGCAUAUGCAGGAAAACGAAUUCCUUCAUGAUGUCUUUGGUUUCACACCAAGAAGAAGAUAUCUUAAUAACAAUGAACCUCGAAUGUCUAGUGGUGAGAAGAGAAUGUUCAAGUCUCCAAAUUCGCCUCAGAGUAAGGCUAGGACCCAGUUUCUUAAUAAGCAACGGCUGUUAUCUGAGGGCAGAAACUUUGGUCACUAUGCAGCCAAUGUGGUUGAUGAUGCGUUUUGAGUGGGACCUCCAAUAAUUUGCUUGGAUUGUGUUCAUUUGAGGAUUCAAUCAUCAAUCUUGCAUUCAAUUUUUGUUUUUGUUUUGCUUUGUACAGCUCUUUGACUCUGUUUAGGGUUAUUAUUUCAAAAUGAUGCCAGCUUGACAUGCUAUCUGCAUGUUAUAUUUAUUCGGCUGCCAAUUUUCUAGCAUGUUUGUAUCAACUUAUUCUUUUAUUAGAAUCAAUUAUGCUACCGAGAAGUUAAUUACAGAAGUUUCUCUACAAAA